CUGAAGGUCAAUCGUGCAAAUGACCUACAGUCGGCCUGCGGUACUGUUUUGAGCUGGCAAUGUCUGCUGAUAUGAAAACUGUUCUGGCUUCCAAACAUUACGGUUUUAUGGGAUCUGGUAAUAUGUCUCAAGCAUUGGUCAAAGGUUUUCUAGCCUCAAAUGUAGUCACUGGUUCGCAAGUUACAAUGACUGAUCGGUAUGGUUUAUCAUUUCCAGAUGCAGAGUUUCUGAUACCGCUGAAAUCUCUAUGUUCUAAAUAUGGAGUAGAAUAUAUACAAACAAAUGAACCAAUGGUUGAAAAAAGUGAUGUCGUGUUCGCCUGCGUUAAACCACACAUAUUACUGCCAGCUCUAAAAAGUCUAUCCGAUCGUUUAAAUGAUAAACUUUUGGUUUCUAUUGCUGCAGGGAUUACACUAGACCAAAUACAACAGGCUGUGCCGAAAUCUACUCGAAUUAUCCGUAUUAUGCCUAAUACACCGUGUCUGGUCGGUGUUGGUACUGCAGUGUAUGCACAUACAUCUUCUGUUACUGAUGAAGAUAUUAAUUUGAUUUCUGCCUUAUGUUCAUCAAUCUUUCCUGUAUUUGAAGCUAUCCCGGAAUCUUUAUUUAAUGCAGCUGUUGGAGUAUCAGGAUCAUCUCCUGCUUAUACAUUUAUUCAUGAUUAUCUCCAUCUAUUUUUUCCUCCUGAAAUCGUUAUUUUGUCUAUAUUGCUAAUUCAAGUAACUUUUUUAUUCACCAUCUUCACAAUUGUCACAUGUUCUUUAUUCGUGUCAUCCUUAAUCACAUUGCAUUCAUUUUCUAAAUACAAUAACAUAAUUUAUGAUUCAUAAAUAUGCAUAAUUUUGUGGCCUAAUAACAUUUCAAUUACUUUAAUGAUAAAAUAUCAAUUCAUUGUUUAUAUAAAUGUUACUUUCUCACUGUAAUCGAAAUUCGUUUUAGAUUACUUUUUUUCACAUAGUAUUACAUGUGUGUGUGUGCGUUUUUCUCCAGAAUAAUUGUCUGAAAUAUAUCCAUAAAAUUUAUUAUAUGCUAAUUAAUUUCACUAUAUCAUGAGUUAAUUUAUUCUUGAAGAAAAGCCAUUCAUUACAGAUUCUGAAAAUCAUUGAUGAAGUAGUUUCUAUUCUAAAAGUAGAUAACUUUUGGAUUCCUUAUGAUAUUACGUAAUGUAGUUAUCGAAUAGUGAUAUAUAUUGUAUAGUCUUCGUCUCUAAUAGUCCUCAGUUUCUAAUGCUGUUGAGACCGAUUAUAUGACUAAAUUUUUCUUGUAUUACCUUGAUCCGUCGCAGGAUCAUGCGUACGCCUUUCUGAGGAAUCCUAUACUAGGACGAAAUAUCUGUCCAGUAGUGUUUCUCACUUUUCCCAUGUACCCUAACUAAGUUCAAUCUGUAACAAAUAAAAUAAUCUUCACUAAACAAGAAUAUGUACGUGUUAUCAUUGUUAUUAAAUUCAAAUCAUUAUCACUUAAUAAUUAUUCUAUUCCUUUUUUCAUUGAUUAUCUGAAACUAUAAUUGCAUUUUGAAAUGUAUAAUUCUUAUUUUUUUGUCUACUUUUUUCUCCAUCAUUUCGUAUUAUAGAUUUAUAUGAUCACUGAAGCAAUU